AUGCCUGUGAAUCUCUCCUUGUAUUUGGUCACGGAUUCCACCCCGAAGAUCCUUGGAGAUAGAGACCUCUGCUCUGUAGUUGAGCAAGCUGUUCAGGGUGGAGUUACUAUUGUCCAAUACAGGGACAAACAUAGUGACACGAAAGAGUUGAUCAAAACGGCUGCAAAGUUACAUGAUAUUACCUUAAACCAUGGUAUUCCCCUCAUUAUCAAUGAUCGAGUCGAUGUUGCCCUUGCUGUUGGGGCAGAGGGGGUUCACUUGGGCCAGGAUGAUAUGAGUAAGAUUUUCCUAUAUUCCCUGAGUUUCAAUUGCAUAUUUAUGCUAAUGAAUUUGGUAGACAUUGCUGUUGCAAGAAAGAUGUUGCCCAAAGGAACCAUUAUUGGGGUCACAGUUUCUUCAGUUGAAGAGGCUCAGGCUGCAGUUGAGAGCGGUGCCGACUACCUUGGAAUUGGGACCGUCUACGCUACUCCGACUGAAGCUAAAGAUAGUGAUAGUAAAACCAACACAAAAUCCAUAAUUGGUACUGCGGGAGUUAAACGCAUCCUUAGCUGUGUUGCAUCCCUGAACCCCAGAGUUGGUACUGUGGCCAUCGGAGGCAUCAACCUCGACAACGUCCAACGGAUCAUCUACCAAUCCCAAGACACCAAAAAGGGUCUUGAGGGAGUAGCAAUUGUCAGUGCCAUUAUGGCGGCAGAGAACCCCCGUGCCACUGCUGCCCUUUUCCUAGAUAAAGUCAGCAAAAACCCCGCAUUCGCUACUAUUCCGAUCUCUCCCCGUGAAAAUGAAGAGGAAUUGCUUCUCGGUAAAGUCGAUGGGCUGGUUCGAAAAGUAGCUACCGCUCACCCUCUAUGCCAUAAUAUGAUUAACUAUGUUGUGGCUAAUUUUGCCGCGAAUGUUGCUCUUGCGAUUGGUGCCUCACCAAUUAUGUCGGGAUACGGUCUUGAAGCGCCUGACCUGGCUAAGAACAAAGGCUCUCUGCUCAUUAACAUGGGCACGUUGAACAGUGAGAGCUUGGACAACUAUAUGCAGGCUAUCCGUGCGUACAACGAGGCAGGUAACCCUGUUGUUCUUGACCCUGUUGGAGCUGCCGCCACACAACUUCGAAGACAGUCCGUCAAGACUCUAAUGCAGGGUGGCUACUUUGACCUCAUCAAGGGAAAUGAGAGUGAAAUAGGCCACAUCUACGGACAUACUGGAAACCAAAUUGGAGUGGAUAGUGGUCCUAGUACUUUGGAUAUCAAGGAAAAGGCAAUGCUAGUUCGAGACCUGGCUCUCAGAGAAAUUUUACUUUGUCAACAAGCUAAUAAUCUCUUCACAGGAUGCAUUGUUCUUCUUACCGGUCCUACUGACUAUCUCAGCGACGGUGCCCGUACUAUUGCUAUUCAUAACGGACAUCCGCUGCUGGGGCAAGUUACCGGCACCGGAUGCGUUAUUGGUACAGUCACUUCAGCAUUCCUUGCGGUAGAGAGACAGGAUAAGCUUCUUGCUGUGUUAUCCGCCUUACUUAUGUUCGAAGUUGCUGCCGAGCGAGCUGUGGUCAGUGGCGUCAAGGGGCCAGGUAGUUUUGUGCCUGCGUUGUUGGAUGAGCUCUACUCCCUGAGAACCCAAGCUACUGAGUCUAAGUCUGCUUCAAUUGAUACGCUCAAGAAGGCUGCAAAGGUGAAUUUUAUCCACUUUUGA